UAAGACCUUGCUAAGUUGCUGAGGCUGGCUUUGAACUCAGGAUUCUCCUGCCUCAGCUUCCUGAGAGGCUGGGAUUAUAGGCAUGCACUACCACGCCUGGCUAGUUUAAAUGUUUUGUUAGUACUAGUUAUAAUGGGAUUUGCCAUGUAGCUUUCAUCCCCUUGGUCACCCUUUGAUCAUCCUGUGAAUCUUCUCCCCAUUUUCCACAGAUGUCCUUGAAUGUUGUAGAAUCCUGGGAGGUUCAUGAGUGAGCCCUGAAUUUAUGAACCUCAUAUACCUUGAUAUGAGGAUACACUGUGAGCCUCUCCCUGUGGGAUGGAAACCUUUGGUCUUCCCUUGUCAUAGCACAUACAUAGGGACUAAGCAGUGAGCAGAUAAGGUCCUCAUGCUAAACUCAGAGCCUAGUGCUCCCUUGGACUAGCCACCCUUUCUACUAUAACUCCUCUCCUACUCUCCCAGGGAAGCCCAGUCUUCUAGACAAUCUUUUAUAGCUGGCUGUGGAGCUGCUUUUUUCUCUAGGGUCUUCAGGGACCCCCUUUUCCUGUGCUGGGCUGACAUUUCAAAUGGUCCUGAGGGCUUCUGGAGCCAGUCUCAGGGCCGUGAACCUGGACUUGUGUUAGAAGAAGCUUGGCUCAGUAUAAAUAAAUAUGUAAGAACAGGUCACAGGGUCACCUGCAGGAGAGAAGUAAAACUCACAGUGCCUGCUCCCUCUCCUCCCUGAGAAAUUGAAACCCAACUUCAUGCUGAAAUGGGAUGGUAAAACAGGAGUGGGUAUGAGAGUUUGGGGAGAACUGUACCUGCCCUCACAGCUUUGGGGACCUGAAGCCAGACUCCAGUGAGAUAUCUGGUUAAGUGACACUCAGCCUGUUUCCACCAGUAAGGGGAAACAAAAUAAUUUCCUUCAAACAUUUAAGCAAGGAAGCACUCACUAAAUAUGAGUUUCCACUAAUUUCUGCAUCCAUGGACCAGACAAAGGUAGGAUGGGAGUGUGAUGGAUGCAAAGGGAAUGAUUAUUAUAGGAAGGUGAUAAGAGCUAUAUCUGUACACCAUGGGGAUCUGUGACAAGAAAGCAGAGAGGUGUAAAUGCCAGGGCAAGAAUAAUAAUAGCAGGUGUCAUUAUUGAGUCAGAAAAAAUAAUUCUUCAAAAUAAUUGUAGUAAGAUCUGUUAUAGUCAUACUGUUCAGUGUCCAGCAAGGGGCCCAGGGCUUGGCCUGCACCCCACUCUUCCAUCAGUCUCUCCUUGUACUGUUUCUAAUGAGAAGGUUAGCUCUCUUGGAAGCAGGGAAUUUGUCUCCCCUCCUCCUAUUGCUUUCAUGGGGCUCUGAAUAUUGGUGUUCAGUAAAUGUUUAAGCACAAAUAAAUGAAUUAUUAUGGAGCACAAUGUCUUCCCCUUCUAAGUGAUGCCACUAAUCCAUAAGUUCUUUUCUUCAAAUGGGAACAGCUCCUUAGGAGGACGAAAGUGCUGGGUCUGAGAGGGCAGGUUCUAUAAGACUGCUGCUUCCUGCCACAAAAUAAUUAUGUUUAUGUAAAAUUAUUAAAAUAAGGCGAUGUUGUUAUUUCUAUUUUAUACUUGAAGAAAGUGAAGUCCAAUGAGGUCAAAUGAGAGUGUAAACGGGUUUUGGUCCAGUGCUCUUUCCACUCUGACCCAGAGGUCUCUCUCCUGCCUAUGGUCUGGGUGGGCCCUCCUUGGGGGUGGGACGGGGCCAGAUGCUCCAAGAGGGAGGGGUGACGAGAAUUAAUUAUGGAGCCCCUCUGGUGCCUGGCACUUGACUGGGUGGUGUAAAGAAGCCCGUGCUUCGAAGAGGGCUUCCUUACCCCACUUUUAGUCUCCUAGAGAAGCAGCUCAGGGGCUAAAGUCAUCACUUGGUGGCUGAAAGCCAGCGGCCGUAGCGAGGGAGGCCCCAAAACUGGCUUGCAGGUGGGGCGGGAGGGCUGUAGGCUCAAGCCAGGACCCCUGGAGGAGGCGGCGCCCACCCCACCAAGAGCAGGUGCGGGGCGGGGCCUCCAUGGGCGGCAGGGCGGGGCUCCUGUCGCAGCUCCGCCCUGGGCGCAGGUUUAAAAGCAGGGAAGGCGGGUCCGGAGAGCUGGCAGCCGGAGCGGACGGGCGAACAAGAGCUGUAGGCACUGCCAUGGCCCGGCACGCGGUGGGCGCUCGGUGGCUCAGUGGCCUCCUGCUCUUCAUGCUACUGGCUGCCGGUGUCGCCCCGCUCAACUGGGAUAUUCCGGAAUCCCGCAGCCGAACAAGCAAGAUCCGAGUGCACCCGCGGGGCAACCUCUGGGCCACCGGUCACUUCAUGGGCAAGAAGAGUCUGGAGUCCCCCCAAGCAGUCCCACUGGGGACAACUCCCCACACCUCCCCGAGGGACCAGAGACUGCUGCAGCUGAGUCAUGAUCUGCUCAGGAUCCUACGACUAAAGAAAGCUCUGAGUAUGAGCAUCAGCAGCCCAGCACCCCAAACCCAGUAUAGGAGGCUGGUGGUACAAAUACUGAAGAAGUGAUGCCAGUAAUGGGACAGACACAACGUGACUUAGAGUGUGCCCACCCAGGCAAGUUGUUGAAUGGAACCCUAGUGGUGACCCCAUCUAGAUGUAAAUCCAGAGCUUGAAUCUGAGCUGAGUCGCCGGGAAUAUUGCAGAUGCAAACACAACCUAUGUUACUGCUGUUUUUCUUGCUUCUCUGAUGAAGUUGUGAAUAAAACCCUUCUCUUUAUA